AUGUCAGACGGGAUUUUGGACCGACUCGUCAAGGCGAUAGAGAAGUUGUCUUCAAAUGGGGACCAACUUCCAAAGCCAGAAAAACUGAAGAUGUAUGACGAUUAUGAUCUCUGGGAGGAUCGAAUGAAGUUGUACCUCGAGUCCAUCAGCGAAGGGAACCGGUCACUGGCCAUCCUUGGCCAACUGGACAGUGAGGUCUACGCCGUUGCCAGAGCGGCCAACAUCACUCCUUCGCUGACUACCGCGACAAUCUUCGAGCGUCUUCGGCGAGAAUUCGGUCGCUCUUCCAUGCCAUGGGUUGCUCGCGCAACACUGAGGGAACGUCGCCAGCAUUCUGGAGAGUCAGUGGUCGACUUCCAGCGACACUUACGUGUCUUGGCCAAGCACGCAUACCCAGACGGCUCUUGCGCUGCCCUGGAAGACAGGAUUCUCGAUAACUUCGUCGAUGGUGUUGCCAACCCAGACAUUCGACGCAAGAUCAUGCUGGAUCCACCCAAAACCCUCAAAGCGGCACUCGACAUCGCCCGCGAUUAA